AUGAAGACAAGCUUCCUCAUUUUGUUCUUCUUUUGCAUUUGUUUGUUGGUUGGUCAUGGCCAAGUCGAUGCCAUAUCAAUUGCACCCCGACGAAAAACACUCGGUGCAAAACAACCAAAUUUCAAUGUAUCACCAAACAGCUGUGGUGGCGGUGGCGGUGGCGGUAACCAAUGUUCUCAACUUGCUCAAAGGUGCUUUAAUGCCGGUAACAUUUUCUUUCAUUGGCGUGCAGUCGAGAAUGGACCUGUUCAAUUUACUUUCACAUUUGCUGAUGAUUGUUGCAAGGCAGCUUCACAAAUUGGCAAUUAUUGUGCCCGUGAUGGAUUUUACAAAAUAAUUACCAAAGCAUGCACAGGUAAUAACGGUGGUGGUAACGACCACAGUGGCCAUACCAACCACAACGGCAACGGCAACGGCAACCCCGGAAACAACCGUCCAAAAGGUUUUCUUGGUACCAAUGGUAGUCCCCAAUGUUCCCCAAUCGUUCAAAAGUGUAUGUAUGGGAGUAGUCAUUUUUCGUUCAGCUUUCAUUCCGGCUCCGAUGGAGUUCCACAUUACGUAUACGAUUUUGCCCCCGAUUGUUGCAGUCCAGCUUUACAAAUCACUGGUGAUUGUGCCCAAGAUGCAGAUGUCACUAUCAUCACCGGAACGUGCAGAGGAUGA